AUGGCUCAGGUAAGGCCACUUGAAGUGCCCGUAGUGGCGUCACGGGCCGUCCCACUCAUCACGGUGUCAACGGUUCUUCAGACUUUGGCCUCUAUCACCGUCCUCCUUCGUUUUCUCUCGAAGCGCGCAAAUCGGAGUAUCGGCUUGGAUGACUGGGUCGCCUUGGUUGCGCUGGUCUUUUCAUUCGGACUGUACAUCACCGGCAUCUUGAUUUGUACGGUUGGCUUCGCAGGCUUUCACAUGGAUAUCCUCUUGCCGAAUCAAAUUGAAAAAUUCCUCCUGUUUGUCUAUGUCGACAACAUCUUCUACGCCCUAACCUUACCCACAAUCAAGUUCUCGAUCCUUCUCAUGUACAGCCGCAUCUUCCGCGUCAAGCCAUUUCAAUAUGUAGCGGCUGCGGUCGGUCUCAUUGUCGCGGGCUGGAUGAUUGGCGUUGUCUUCGCACAGAUCUUCACCUGCACGCCAGUGGAGGGAGCUUGGAAGAUCACUGUCGCGCGGCAUUGCAUCGACCAGAUAAAAUUCUACUAUGGCAACGCCAUCGCCAAUCUGCUGACAGACGUCAUCAUUCUCUGUCUGCCCCUUCCGUUGAUUUGGCGUUUGAAUAUGAGUACCCGCAAAAAGCGUGCUCUUUCAGGAGUUUUCUUGCUCGGGGGCUUCGUUUGUAUAAGCAGCCUCCUCCGUAUCGUGAGUUUGCGCGACAUAGACAACAACGACAUUACCUACACAUUGGUGACUACCGGCGUCUGGACGUCGACUGAAACACCGUUGGCCAUCGUCUGCGCCUGUCUUCCUACCCUGCCGGCAUACUUCAAGUCCUGGCACCAGAAAAUGUCCCUGAACCGAAGCAAAGGCACCGAAGACGCUUCCUCCCGGCGUUCCUUACGAACCCAACAACCUCAGCAGUGGACAGAAGACCAUGAGGAGCUCGGAGGAAAUAUCACGCCACUGAGCAACCUCUCGCUUGGGAAGAAGGAGAGGACUGAAGCGGGUGAUAUGGACACGAACCAGAUUCGCGUAACCUCUCAAUUCACUGUUGAGAACAGGAAUCAUAGCUAG